AUGAAGUCCGCUAUCAUCCUCGGUGCUGGCCUUCUCUCUGGUGCCAUGGCCCAGGGCGCCUGUGGUACUGGCUGCAUCUCCGCCAUGCAGGGUCUCGCCUCUGACCUUGGCUGCACUGCUGGUGACAACGCCUGCCUUUGCCGCAACCCCAACUUUGCCUAUGGCAUUCGCGACUGCUCUUUCCAGAGCUGCGCUGAUGCUUCCGAUGCUGAGGCCGCUGUUGCCGCUGGUAUUGAGCUCUGCCGCCAGGCUGGUGUUGUUGUCACCGUCAUCCCUGGUGCCACUGUCACCCAGCCUACUGGCACUUCGACUGUCACCGCUGUUCCGGUCGUUUCCUCGAUCUUCUCUGAGAUCACCUCCGGUGGCAGCACCAUCACCACCCUCCUUGGUGUGACCACUCUUGCUCCCUCCGUCUCUGGUGGCAGCGAGUCUGCGACCCCUAGCCCGGUGUCCACCUCCACCUUCACCACCAUUGUCACCAGCGGCGAGUCCACCAUCACUUCCGUUGGUGAGACCACCCUCUUCGGUGUUGGUGGCGUCCCUGGUGCCACCUCUCUUCCCCAGACUGCCGUCACCACCGAGCCUGUUGUUAGCACCAUCACCUCUGGCGGUAGUGUCAUCACCUCGACCGUUGGCUCGACCACCGUUCUCUCCUCCCUCACUGGAGGUGAGGCUUCCAGCGCCCUCUCCAGCCAGGCCAGCGAGGCUACUGGUGCGACUACCACCGCCAACUCUGAGUCUGGCACUGCCACCGGCACUGCCACCGGCACCGCUGCCAGCUCCAGCUCCAGCGGCCUUGCCAAGCAGACCGCUGUCCCGGUUGCCGGCUUUCUGGCCGCCGCUGGCUUCGUCGCUAUGCUUAUCUAA